CGAUCAUGGAUUUUACAAAUGUAAAUUGCAAUAAUGGAGAGAUAUUCAUGUUUCAGUCUUCAAGUCCACCAAAAUUGGCACAGCCAACUCCUCCUCCACCAAGUGUAAUUCAUAAGGCAAGGUACAAGCGUAACAGUAUAUCCAAGAAUCCUGAAGAAGCUAGACAAAAACGUAUUGAGCUUGACGCUCAAGUUCGAAGGAAACAUCGUGAGCAGCUUAUUACUGCUAAGCGAAUCAAGCAUAAUUUGGAUGAUUUCAAAGACGAUGAUGCUGAAUCCGAAUUUGAUUUGACUCAUCACGAUAUUGAAAAGUUGAAAUCUGGCUUAAAUGAUUCGGAUCGUGACUCACGCCUUUCUAGUCUUAAAGACUUGAGCACGUACCUUGCGGAUCCUCCAGACACUUUGAAGCAUUUCGUUAUAAACGAUAACUGUAUCGAUAUUUUGAUAAAAUUCUUAUCGGGAGUUGAUCCCGAGGAACAGUUACAAGCAACUUGGUGCAUCACAAAUAUUGUUGCGGGUCCUAAGGAAUUUUGCAAGAAAGCUUUUGCAGCAAUUCCACACUUAAUUAACUUUCUUCGUGGCGGAAAUACUUCAUUACAAGAUCAAGCUGCUUGGGCAAUUGGCAAUCUCGCAGCGGAAGGUCCUGAAUGUCGAGAUAUACUUCGUGCAAAUGGAGUUUUGGUUCCCUUGAUUGAGCUACUUAAUUCUAAGAACGUGUCUCUUGUUCAAACGAUAUGUUUUGCACUUUCCAAUCUCGCUCGUGGCUCAAAUGCAAAUUUGGAUGAGUUUUUUUCUGCGGGCAUAACUAAACAUCUUUUGUUUUAUCUAGGAACUGAUGAAAUGAAUGAAGUUGUUUCUGAGAUUUCUUGGGUAUUGACAUACUUGACCAGCUCAGAAGAUGACAAAUACACGCAAAUAUUAUUGAAAGAUGGAAUCGUACCACCCCUAGUAAAGCAUUUGCGACCUUUUAACCAUGGACCUCUAGCACUACCAUUGAUUCGUACAUUUGGUAACAUUGCCAGCGGUCCAGAUGACAACACUGAUAUUUUGAUUCAACAACCUGAUUUUUUGCCUGCUAUGCUCGAAUACAUUCAAAGUGAUUGCAGACCCGUUAAAAAGGAAAGCUUAUGGGUCAUGUCUAAUAUUACGGCAACUCGUCGUCCAGAAGUCUUGAUAAAAGUGUUUAAUGCUGGAUUUAUUCCGAUUCUCUCAAGUAUUGCGACGCAUACCAAUUUUGACAUUCGUAAGGAGGCCGCAUACAGUUUGCUAAAUAUUGCUUCGCAUGGUGAAGAAUAUAUGCGAUCUUUACCUCAUCAGGAUCUUUUACCAGGUUUCUUGGAAUUCAUUCGUUCUCAAGAUAUUGAUCUGAAACGUUUGGGAUUAGGAUAUGUUGAAUUGCUAUUAACUCAAGUGCAAAAUGGCCAACAACUUCUUGAGCAAAUGCAGGGUAUCGAUGCUUUGGAGUCCGUUACGUUGUUAGAGGAUCAGUCACUACGUGACACGUCUACUCGCCUAAUGGAUAAAUAUUUUGGUGAAGACUUUCAUUCCAGCAUCAACGAAAUUCAACUAACUGAAUAG